AUGCAGCACGAACGCUUGCUGAAGGUUCUAGUCAUCGGUGACCUGGGGGUCGGGAAGACAUCCAUAAUAAAGCGUUAUGUCCAUCAGAUAUUCUCCCAACAUUACAGAGCCACCAUCGGAGUCGACUUCGCCCUCAAAGUCCUCAAUUGGGAUCACAAGACGAUCGUGCGACUGCAGCUGUGGGACAUCGCAGGUUGGUAAACUAAUUACAAGCUACUUCGACAGUUCGCCUACCUUUAGUUUUAUAACUGUUCUAUUUUAUUUGACAUACAAUUCUAAAAUAUGGCUACAAUAUGUCACGCACAUGGUAUGGUGUCUGUAAUAGUGGAACAUCGCCGCUUGGUAAACUGAUUACGCGUAGAAUACGUCGUAUACCUAUUAUCUAUGCUACAUUUACUUUAUAACUCCUUUAUUUUGUUUGAGAAUGGAACUUUAACAAUAGGUAGUUGACACACACACAAACACGUCACGCACUCAAUCGGUAGCAAAUUGUGCCCAUAAUGCUCACACACACACACACACACACACACACACACACACACACACACACACACACAGAGAGAGAGAGAGAGAGACAGACACGCACACACGUACACACACCUUUUGUAAUAGUAGUAGCCUAACCGACCUAUUCUUGAGCCUCUCUAUAAUUGACAUGACCUGAUAAUUGACAUAUAAUUGACAUGAACUGAUAAGGUCCUGACAUGCACUGUGCUAUAAAACAGUGUAACAGUGUGUUUGUGUAUGUGUGCGUGCCUAAGUGCCUGCCUGUGUAUGCAUUCAUGUAUGUGCAUGCGUGCGUCUGUGUGUGUGUGCGUGAGUGCAUAUGUGUGUGUAUGUGUGUGGACUUUAGCCCGUCAGUCAAUGCACAUGCACUAGACAUCUUAAGGCUCGCACACAUUGCACCGAAUGUGGAUCUAGCGUUUGUCUGCCGAUCGUUCAGCGCGCUGUAGACUACAUUUUUCACUAUUCUACAUGUAAAAUAGGGGCGCACUCGGUUCGCAAAUUACAUUCAGAAGUGCAAAGUACUCUCGGCCAGCAAAGCUAUCGGUGUGUCUGAGCCCUUAUGGUGCUGUAUCUCUAAACUGUGUCAGCAGACUUUUCCUCCUUAUCAUCUAAACCAUAGAUAAUGACACCAUCACACCAUGUCUAGAAGCCCCUUACAGCCAAAUAAUAAUUCAUAAUAGAUCAUGUAUUUUUUACAUAUACAUAUAUUUCAUAUCAAUAUUAAUAUAAUCCAACCUUUUCUCAUAAUAGUAGAAACAAGUGUCAUUAAUCACCCACUGACUGGUUCAUAAUAAUGGACUAUUCCAUUCUGACAGAGUCCCCAUGCAUUGUUUCACAUGAUAUGAUUGCAAACGUGACAUUCAUUGAAAUGAAGCUGCAGCAAUGAGGCGCUUUCAGAGCAGAGAAAAGAAAAAGAAACAAGGAAGAUUUAUGUGUAGCCCAUAUCACGGCUCAGGCUAAGACCCAGAUGCAGACACAGGAGACGGAUAGUACGAGUCUCAGAGUUUAUUACUGAACAAGGGGCAGGCAAAAGGUAAGUCAAGGCAGGCAACGAGUAAUAAUCCAAAUCAGAGUCAGGCAGGUACAGGACGGCAGGCAGGGUCAGGACAGGCAGAAAGGUCAGAACUGGGAAGUAUAGGAAAAACGAAAACUAGAGCACUGGAAACACGGGAACAUGCUGGUAGGACUUGACGGGACAAGCCGAACUGGCAACAGACAAACACAAAAUGUAGGUAUAAAUACACAGGGGAUAAUGGGGGGAAAUGGGAGACACCUGGUGGGGGGUGGAGACAAGCACAAAGACAGGUGAAACAGAACAGGGUGUGACAGCCCAUGUAUCUGAUGCUGUCUGGCCAAAAAGAGAAUGGCAUGUCAUACUCUUUUUGGCCAGACACAGCAUCAGAUACAGCGGCUUGCGAAAGUAUUCACCCCCCUUGGCAUUUUUCCUAUUUUGUUGCCCUACAACCUGGAAUUAAAAUGGAUUUUUGGGGGGUUUGUAUCAUUUGAUUUACACAACAUGCCUACCUACCACUUUGAAGAUGCAAUUUUUUUAUUUAUUGUGAACAAACAAGAAAUAAGACCAAAAAAAAAGAACUUGAGCGUGCAUAACUAUUCACCCCCCCAAAGUCAAUACUUUGUAGAGCCACCUUUUGCAGCAAUUACAGCUGCAAGUCUCUUGGGGUAUGUCUCUAUAAGCUUGGCACAUCUAGCCACUGGGAUUUUUGCCCAUUCUUCAAGGCAAAACUGCUCCAGCUCCUUCAAGUUGGAUGGGUUCCGCUGGUGUACAGCAAUCUUGAAGUCAUACCACAGAUUCUCAAUUGGAUUGAGGUCUGGGCUUUGACAAGACAUUUAAAUGUUUCCCCUUAAACCACUCAAGUGUUGCUUUAGCAGUAUGCUUAGGGUCAUUGUCCUGCUGGAAGGUGAACCUCCGUCCCAGUCUCAAAUCUCUGGAAGACUGAAACAGGUUUCCCUCAAGAAUUUCCCUGUAUUUAGCACCAUCCAUCAUUCCUUCAAUUCUGACCAGUUUCCCAGUCCCUGCCGAUUAAAAACAUCCCCACAGCAUGAUGCUGCCACCACCAUGCUUCAUGGUGUUCUCGGGGUGAUGAGAGGUGUUGGGUUUGCGUCAGACAUAGCGUUUUCCUUGAUGGCCUAAAAGUUCAAUUUUGGUCUCAUCUGACCAGAGUACCUUCUUCCAUAUGUUUGGGAAGUCUCCCACAUGGCUUUUGGCGAACACCAAACAUGUUUGCUUAUUUGUUUCUUAAGCAAUGGCUUUUUUCUGGCCACUCUUUCGUAAAGCCUAGCUCUGUGGCGUGUACUGCUUAAAGUGGUCCUAUGGACAGAUACUCCAAUCUCCGCUGUGGAGCUUUGCAGCUCCUUCAGGGUUAUCUUUGGUCUCUUUGUUGCGUCUCUGAUUAUUGCCCUCCUUGCCUGGUCCGUGAGUUUUGGUGGGCGGCCCUCUCUUGGCAGGUUUGUUGUGGUGCCAUAAUCUUUCCAUUUUUUAAUAAUGGAUUUAAUGGUAGGAUGUUCAAAGUUUCUGAUAUUUUUUUAAUAACCCAACCCUGUACUUCUCCACAACUUUGUCCCUGACCUGUUUGGAGAGCUCCUUGGUCUUCAUGGUGCCGCAUGCUUGGUGGUGCCCCUUGCUUAGUGGUGUUGCAGACUCUGGGGCCUUUCAGAACAGGUGUAUAUAUACUGAGAUCAUGUGACAGAUUAUGUGACACUUAGAGUGCACACAGGUGGACUUUAUUAAACUAAUUAUGUGACUUCUGAAGGUAAUUGGUUGCACCAGAUCUUAUUUAGGGGCUUCAUAGCAAAGGGGGUGAAAACAUAUUCACACACCACUUUUCCCUUAUUUACUUUUUAGAAUUCUUUGAAACAAGUUAUUUUUUUAAUUUCAAUUCACCAAUUUAGACUAUUUUGUGUAUGUCCAUUACAUGAAAUAAAAAUAAAAAUCCAUUUAAAUUACAGGUUGUAUUGGAACAAAAUUGGAAAAAUGUCAAGGGGGAUGAAUACUUUUGCAAGGCACUGUACAUGGGCUACAAACAGUAUAUAGUAAGACAGAAGGGUGCUGUUUCGCUUAUUCAAAUGCUUUCUCCGGUGAGAUAGUUUCAGCCACUUGUGAAUUGAAGGAAAGUUGGUGGGUGCACAGUGCACUGUUCAGAUACUGGAAUUAUUUUGGAUCAACGUGCGAAGGAUGGGACAAGACGAACUGGCAACAGACAAACAGAAAACGCAGGUAUAAAUACACAGGGGAUAAUGGGGGGAAAUGGGAGGCACCUGGUGGGGGGUGGAGACAAGCACAAAGACAGGUGAAACAGAUCAGGGUGUGACAGUACCCCCCCGCCUGUCGCCGAUUCCUGGAUGUGGUCUUCAGAAGAGCGGCCCGGGCUCGCUUCCAGGUACAGCGACAGCGGCGGACGAACCUACUUUUUGAAGUGAUUUGCUUGACAAUCAGAUGAAAACAUCAUGACUGGUUGUGCUCAUGGCACAGUAAAAUGAAAUACAUUUUUACAGUUAAAUUAAAGGCCUCUGCAUGCGGCCUCCAAAUCACUAAGUCCGCCCCUGCCAGCCAUAUACAGUAUUCAAAGAUUGCUGAUCUAGGAUCAGGUUCACCCCUAUCCAUUGAGUCUUAUUAAUUUACACAAUGCAUGUAGGCAGUGGAAAGACAGAGAUAUACAUUGUAGGAGAACAUAGCAGGAAAGCCAGUGUGAUGGUAUUUACACAAUGCAUACUGUCUAUUGGCAGCAACAACCAGUGCCAUUUCCAACUGUAUUCUGUACGGUAUGUGUUGCCGUUAGAAAGUCCCUGUUCUCUUUCUCUCUCUGUCCCUCUCUCUCUCUCUCUGUCUCUCUGUCUCUCUCUGUUCCUCUCUCUCUCUCUCUCUGUCCCUCUCUCUCUGAAUGUUAUGGUGAAAUGAAUUUUUCCCAGCUGUCUCAGAGUCUUUUCAAACCAGUGUGUGUGUGUGUGUGCGUGUGUGCAUGCUUGCCUGUGUGUGUGUGUCUUCUAAAAUAGUGUAUGACCCGUGUUUGUUUAUCAGCUGUUUCAUGGUUAUUCACCGGUAUAUUACAGUCAUGUGAGAGAGGUUAACUUUCAGGAGAAAUGCCAUUUAUACAUCAAAACACACGCACGCACACACACACACACAAACAUAUACAUAUACACACACACGCUUAACAUUUCUCAACACAUUGGAGUAUAGCUUUGCUUCUUACAUCACUUUAUUGAGAAAUAUUCAAUCAUUGUUGUUAUGUUGUUGAUUUAGAUGUUAUUGUUUUAGAUGUUGUUGUUGAUGCUGUUGUUGUUAUAUCAUUGUUGUUGUGUUUCCCCAGGCCAGGAGCGCUAUGGCAACAUGACGCGGGUGUACUAUCGCGAGGCUGUAGGAGCGUUGGUGAUCUUUGACAUGACACGGGCCUCUACCUUCCAGGCUGUCCUCAAGUGGAAGGGAGACCUCGACUCCAAGGUAAGGGACACAUUAUUAUUUGAACAUGCUUAUAACUAGUCAUAAUGAAUUAUACAUGCAGGUUCUACUAUACAGCGAGGAGGCAGUGAGUGCCUGUACCCUGAGUGGCUCAACUAUUACUAUCCUCCUUCAAAUAAAACAUCUCCACCGUUGCUUACAUUUCAUAAAGACCUUCUUUUUUUUUUUUUUUUACAUUUGUAAAGAUCCUUCUCUCUCUCCUCACAUCCAUCUCACCUCUACCUCCCAUUUUCUCUAUAUUUCCUUGUCCUUACUUCUUUCUCCCCCAUUUCUCUCUCCAACCCCCCUCUCUCUCCCCCACCCCACCCCCCUCCCAGGUUGCACUGGGGAACGGGAGGCCGGUACCGGCCGUCUUAUUGGGUAAUAAAUGUGACCAGCUGAGUACAGGUCUCUGUUCCAAACUGCCCAAACUGGAGAACUUCACUAGAGACCACGGCUUUGUAGGGUGGUACGAGACCUCCGCCAAGGUGAGUGGUGUGUGAGUGUGUGUGUGUGAGAGAGAGAGAGAGAGCAAGACCAUGGUUUCGUAGGGUGGUAAGAGGUCAAGGGUCGCGGCAUAGAGAGGGAUGGGUCUCUAUUGUUGCUGUAUGUAGUGUAUAUCAGGGGAUGUAUGCUUUGUGUUAGGAGACGUUGUGUGUGUUAGCAGACAAUGUUUUGUGUGUAUGAGGCUUAACAGAGUUGGUUUCUGGAAUGUAAAAAGCAUCAUUAUACCUACUUACUGCUCUACCUACUUACUGCUAGCUGAGUGAGGGAUUGUGUCUGUGCAUAUAAAUACUAUUUUUUCCCUCCCAUUCUCUUGCUCUCUUUCUCUCGCUCACCCCCUCUCUAUCUCUCAUGUUAUCUCUCUCUCUCUCUCACACACACACACACACACACACACACACACACACACACACACACACACACACACACACACACACACACACACACACACACACACACACACCUCUCUCUCUUUGCCCUUCCCUUCUCUCCCCCUCUCUCCCAUCUCCCUCCCCCUCUCAGGACAACACCAACAUUGAUGCGGCCAUCAUGUGUUUGGUAGAGAGCAUCAUGGCUGUAGAAGAGGAGAGGCCGCCAGGUGGAGAUCCUAGAGACCCUAGUGUCCUGGUCUUACCACGCUUUGACUACAAUAUGAAAGACAGGACCGGGAUGGCUGGACUGUCUGGGUGCGAUGGGUGUAAAAAGAGACCUCUGCCUGGCCGAAGGGAGAUGGGGGAUAUCUGA